AGGACGAGGCGGACAAACGGACUGACGAAGGUGGCCAAGGUAGGGGAUAUUCAGUCUCGCGGCCACGUGCUACACGAGCGCACGCCCCGAGCCGGCCGGUGGUCCAGCCACGAUUCCGUCCUCUUCUUCUUCGUCCCGUUUUGUCCCACGCUUCCUCCUUCUUCCUCCCUUCCAUUCUUCAUUCGCACAACCGGAGCUCAACGACGUCCGGCGUCUUCCACCCGUCUUCCCUAGCGUCUUUCCACAUUUUUCGCGCCUCCCUUUGCUCGAUUUUAACCACGGUUCCCGCCGCCGUUGCCUUCCUCCGCCGCUUCCGAGUCGUCUCGCGACGUCUCGCCACGUUCCUCGCGAGCGGAUUCCAGGUGGACGCCGAUCCCGACUACGAAACGCUCGACCCUCCACCGAAAUCCACCGUGAUUCCGUGGCUCCAACCUCGAACCGACCGGGUUCUCGUGUUUGUAUAUAUUAAUAAGGAAUUUUGAAGAAGGACACGCGAGUGUGUAUAUAUACACGGCUUUUUCUUUUGGUUGGACGCAAGCGACCAUGAGGACGGUGGAUCGAGGAUAGUGCGCGGAAAGACACGAGGCGCGGUUGAUAUCUUUCACAUGUCGAGGCGAAGUGGAAGAAAGGAGAGACGGAAGUAUCGGAAUAAUAAGUGAGAUUCUUUGUUAUAUCUAUCGAUACAUGGUUACAUGUUUAACGUGUUUGAGGAUUGGUGAAACGAGCAUGGAAGAGAUUGUCGGAUACGGAUUUGAGGAGGAUUCGAGCGGGGGAAACGUGUGGUCGAGUUUCUUCUUUCAUGUUCGGUGUGACUUGUGAACGAGAGUGUGAUUGUGAACUGCGCGAAUUUGUGUAACGAAAUGGGAAAAAUGCCCGAUGACGAGGGAAAGAUUCUGCUUAUUGGGAGAGUGGAAUUUGAAACAUAAACGUUCUCACGAAAUUGAAUGGCCUGUGGUGGACUACUGUAACAGCUGUGGUGCUCGAAUGACUAACGCAGUUUGCCCUCUUGCAAAUGUUCACGACGCAGUAUCCACGAAGAUAGAGGUUCACGGCUUAGGGACCCCGGUGAUCCCGGGUUUACCCCGGGGAUCGUGAGAAUCCGCGGUGGGCAAAGAAAUAUCCGACGACAUCGGACCUUGUAAGACACGCACGAAAAUGUUGGGUCGCGACAUCGAACACGGAACAGACGGCUCGAGGGACCGGCGCGAACGGUUUGCAUCGAGAGAUUAAAGAACAUCGAAUGGACGUGGGCGAUUUGUCGAGCUCGGCAGGAUUGGCUGGGAGCGGAUCCAUCCCUGUAGCUACGGGUGUUGGUGUCAUUACAAGUACGACAUCCGCUACCGCGGGGUGGUGGACGCCUACGUCGACGAUCGCGGCGGCCAACACCGACGUGAUGAAUCAGCUCUGCAGGGUCUGCGGAGAGCCGGCCGCGGGUUUUCACUUCGGGGCCUUCACGUGCGAAGGUUGCAAGUCGUUCUUCGGGCGCACUUACAACAAUCUAGGCAGCAUCUCCGAAUGCAAGAACGGCGGCGUUUGCGUGAUCAACAAGAAGAACCGCACCGCGUGCAAGGCGUGCAGGCUUAGGAAGUGUCUGAUGGUGGGUAUGUCGAAGUCGGGCUCUCGCUACGGACGCCGCUCGAACUGGUUCAAAAUCCACUGCCUCCUCCAGGAACAGUCUCACCAGGCGCAAACGCGCCUCAUCAAGGACCCGAAAUCCGCGUACGAGAAGGCGUUCGGUUCGUUGGACGUGGCGAACAAUAACAACAAUAAUAACGAGAACCCGGGCACGACGAACGCAACAGGUGUCGUGGGUAUAGUGACCACGACCACGACUACCGCGAACAGUUAUCACCAUCAUCACCAUCAACACCAUCAGGACAGGUUCCCGAAAAGGGACGAGCUCAGGCCCCAGGAUAUCCCGGCCCAGUUAAGGGCACCCGACAUCCCAACGAGGGCGGCGCAGGAUCCCCUUCUGAGGCCGAUGGACCUGGUCAGAGCACCCCACGAGUUGCUCAGGCCGGAAGUAUCCAGGUUCCCUAUGUGGAGAGGUCCACCUUUCUUUCAUCCAGCUCUGACCCACAUGCAACUGCUCAACACCCCAUUCUUCCCGUUCCAACAGAGAUUUAUCGUCCCAUACGUGAACCAGGUCGGCGCCCCCCAAAUGGUGGCAAGUUUGACGAGUUCCUCGAGCGACAGCGUGAGCCCUAGAUCGACCCCGUCGCCGAAACGGGACGACGACAAUCGAAGCACGCGGGACGAGUGCAGAGAAGUGGGCAGCGGGGUGUGUCAGAGGAGUCAAAUGGAGGCGUACGACAAGAGCAUAGCGUUUCUACGCUCGUUGGGCCCGGAGCAGGACGAGCCGAUCGACCUGAGCAUGAAGGCCGGUCGAACGGACGGGCAGGAGGUGGAUGCGGCCGGUAGCACGGAGGAGGAAAGGUCGACGGACAGCGAGGACAACGAGCAGCUGCUCCAGGAAACGGGGCCGCCCCUCGAUCUCACUAGAAAGACGUGACCCCUCGUGGCCAAGUCUUGAGGACAGCUUUCGAUAGGAACUUUGGACCGGUUGUUUGAAUCGUCGCUACGAUUGGCGUUGCCUUCGAGCGCCUGCCCGCGGCGAGGGCUUACAUUGUUGUCCUUUCACGGGAACGAGGAGAGAUGACUUACGGCUGUUACUCCGGCUUCGCGCACCGGAGAUGGUCUUACUCCAAGGUGAAUAGCGUGGAAAUGGAGGAACCGCGUGGAAUGGUGGAAGGAAAAUAUCCUUUUCGAGGCCGAGGAUGCAGAAGAAGAUAUUGUGGAAGGCGAGUAAAAAGACGAGGAAUCGUUGUGAUAUAAUGAGAAAAUAAUGGCGGAGGUGAAGAGCGACAGCGAAGAGGAGAGUAAUGGAUGGACAGCGACAGUAGGAAGAGUUGGGAUGAGCGGACAGCGUCACAGCGGCCGCGUGUUGCGUCGCGACGAAUGACUUUGCGAUCAUCGAACGGGGGGAUCGACGGGGUUCAAAUCGGUUUAUUUAGCCGCCAUGGUCGCCUUUGGCCUCUGACUUCUUCGCCAGGUGUUCGUCGGAGGAAUGGGCGAACAUCCGAUACAUUGUUUCGCGUACGAAGAGAGACGUACGAUUGUGUGCCUUGAUCGGUGCCUUUUUAACUCUCGUACAUCAAGUGCACGAGGGAGGGAGAAAAUGUGAGGUGGAGAGAAGAAAAGAGAGAAUGAGUGCCAGUAAAAGAAAAAAAAACCUCGUGAUAGUUUAACGUUAAAUAAUAACCGCGCUUGCGCACGUGUGUAUAACGAAAUUACGUGUACGCGAAAGAUACGAACGCAUCGUGUUUAAUGCCUGCGUGCGUGGUGUGCGUGUUGUGAUUUUUCAUUCUUUCUUUCUUACGCGUUUCUUUUUCAAAUUUUUCUUUUCCUUCGUGUGAACGUGCAUAAGGGCGCGUUCGAGUGGUGUGGGAGACGAAAAUCGUUUCCGGAACCCUCUCGAAUUCCGCUCGGGAAUGGCCAGUGUUUCGUUAAUUCGCCGCAUCGAGAUUUCUUUUAUUUAUACGUCGAAUAUUUUAUUUAACGCGAUCCAAUUAUUCAGUCAGUCUGUCAGCCUCGCUAAUACGUUGGUGUGUACACGCGUGUGUUCUCCUCGACGCGUAUAUUUCUCGAUAACUUCGAUAACUUUCUGGAUUUUAUUAUUAACUUCGUUCCAAUUUUCGUUCGAAGCUUCAUUCUUUGAUUGUUGCGCAACGAUUGAGAGCGUAGACUCGAGAAUAAAAAAAAAAAGAAAAAAAAGAAACGGAAAGGAAAGGAAACGAAAAAUAAAGAAUAAGAUGAUACGCGUGCAGACGCACCGAGUAUUUGGUGAAAAAUAAAAAUAAAGGAUAUUGUAUAGCCAA